GCCACCCAAAUUGCUUUCUCUCUCCUCUAAAAUUAAUAUCUCAAUUUAGUGUGUGAGAGAGAGAAUCUCACAAGCUAACAGUAUGCAUCCUCAAUUCAUGAUUGAAGACGAACACAUGAAGAAGACGAUGGCCACUCUCUCUCUACUCUAAAUCAUCAGAUAUCUAUCUGUUUGUUUACCAAAGCUAUAAGAACAGUUUGAUUAUUAUUAUUAAGAGAUUCAACCAAAACCUGUUAAAAGAAAGAUGAGUAUUGAAGAAUCUUUGAGAUCUCUUUCUCUAGACUACCUCAAUCUCCUGAUCAACGGCCAGGCGUUCAGCGACGUUGCGUUCAGCGUCGAGGGUCGGAUAGUACACGCCCAUCGUUGUAUUCUCGCCGCUCGUAGCUUAUUUUUCAGGAAAUUCUUCUGUUCCGGAUCAGAUUCGCCGGCGGGUAGUGGCGGAACCGACCACUCUGGCCUGAGAAUGAUGGGGUCGCCGAGGGGAUCAACUCCGACCCAGGUCAUUCCUGUAAAUUCGGUUGGAUAUGAAGUGUUUUUGCUACUUCUUCAAUUUCUCUAUAGCGGUCAGGUUUCAAUCGUGCCGCAGAAACACGAGCCCAGACCUGAUUGUGGUGAUAGGGGUUGUUGGCAUACACAUUGCACCUCCGCUGUUGAUCUUGCACUUGAUACACUCGCCGCCGCUAGAUCUUUCGGAGUUGAACAGCUCGCAAUGCUCACUCAGAAGCAAUUGGCGACUAUGGUGGAGAAAGCUUCGAUCGAGGACGUAAUGAAGGUUCUAAUAGCAUCUAGAAAACAAGACAUGCACCAGCUAUGGGCAACUUGCUCCCAUUUAGUAGCUAAAUCGGGUCUCCCACCGGAAAUCCUGGCCAAGCAUCUCCCAAUCGAGGUCGUAGCGAAAAUCGAGGAACUCCGUCUGAAAUCAACUUUCUCCAGCUCCCACGGCCGCCACUCAACCGGCCAUCUCCUCUCCCACCACCACCACCGGUCCCAUUCUGCCGCCGCCGGAGAGGAACAAAAGAUCAGGCGUAUGAGGCGGGCCCUAGACUCAUCAGAUGUGGAACUUGUCAAACUCAUGGUGAUGGGUGAAGGACUAAACUUAGACGAAGCUUUAGCUUUACACUACGCUGUAGAAAAUUGCAGCCGUGAAGUAGUCAAGGCACUGCUUGAGCUGGGCGCGGCUGACGUGAACCAUAGAGCCGGGCCGGCAGGGAAAACAACACUACACGUGGCGGCGGAGAUGGUUUCGCCGGAUAUGGUGGCUGUACUACUUGACCACCAUGCGGACCCUAAUGUACGGACGGUUGAUGGAGUUUCUCCAUUGGACAUUCUUCGGACCCUGACUUCGGAUUUUCUCUUUAAAGGAGCUAUUCCUGGGCUGACACAUAUUGAGCCGAAUAAGUUGCGGCUCUGUCUCGAGCUUGUGCAAUCGGCGGCUAUGGUGAUUUCUAGGGAGGAAGGUAAUAACAAUGCUGCUGCGGCGGCCGCCGCAGGCCCGUCUAUCUCUGCCACCACAUUAUAUCCAACGGCGGCUAACAAUUCGGAGGAGCAAGUGAAUUUGGAUUCUCGACUUGUUUAUUUGAAUCUGGCGGCGGCUCAGAUGAAUGAAAAUGCAGGUCAUCAUGAUCAUGAUCACCAAAGAGAUCAUCAUCAGACUACAACCAUGUAUCAUCACCAUCACCACCAUGCUCAUCAUGAUCAGUAUUAAUUAAUUAAUUAGCUAGCUCUCUCUCUCUAAAUAUAAAAUAUAAUUGUGGGGAAUGAAUGAAUGAAUGAAUUACAAGUAAAUGAUUGAAUUGAGAUUCGAGGAAAUGGAGAAGAGAUUUGAUAUUUCUGACA